UCACCGUCACCGUCACGGCCGCCGUCAUUCAACACUGGAGAGCUCGUCGGGAUUUUUAAAGUUCCGUUAACCGAUACAGCAAUAGCCGGUACAGUUCCGGUUCCGGUUGCUUCAAUUAUCGCCGGUUCAGCUCGUUCCAAUAACCACCGUAUCGUUUCUCCGUCGGAUUUGUGA